CUUUCUGAUUUACUUCAAUUACAAAAGAAGCCAGAAAUUUCUACGCCAUAUGAUCCAGUACAUCUAACACACGUUGGUUUCAACUCCGAUACAGGUGAAUUCACCGGUUUACCAAAAGAAUGGCAACAAUUGUUGCAAGAUUCAGGUAUUUCAAAACAAGAUCAAGAAGCUAAUCCUCAAGCUGUUAUGGAUAUUGUUGCUUUCUAUCAAGAUGCACAAAAAGCUCAGCUUGGUGCUGAGGAUUCUCAGGUUUGGAAGAAAAUGGGUGGCGUUGCAAAUGGUCAGCCAACUGGUCCUGUCGAGAAA